AUGGUUGCGAACGAUUUACAAGUUCAACAAUGGGUGGCGUUGGGUCUAUCACUCGAUGAAGAGAUGGGUGAAGACCACGUCUUUGUUUGCCAACACUUAUCAGAUAAUAGUAUUGUUGUAAAACGGUUAAUUAAUCCAGGUGGUCAUGUAACACCGAUUGCUGCAUCAUCGGAUGAGGGCGGAACAUUCAAAGCUACACAAAUGAAAUUAGAAAACUCUGUUGUUACAUGUGAGUUUACAUUAUCGAAUUUUGAUUCAGGAAGAAGACGUCGAUCGACAAUAUCGGCACUGUCUCAAACAACUGAAUAUCACCCACUCAUUGCAGCUGGACCACUGGAUAGUUCAAAUUCAAUGGAACAACACACAAGUCGUCAAGCUCAAUCACAAUUAGUAUCAUUAAAUCGUGAUGAACAAAUUUCAUACAAUUCCGAUGAUAAUCUUAGUGGUGGCUUACAUUUAAUGAUUGCCCAUGGUAGUAUAAUGAUAUUUGCAUGGAUUUUGAUUGUACCGACGGGUAUAUUAGUGGCACGUUAUUUUAAAAAAAUAAUAUUUACAAAAGAUAGAAAAUUAUGUGGUGAAGCCAUAUGGUUUGCAUUUCAUCGUCUGCUGAUGUCAACUGUAGCCAUACUGACUAUAGUGGGUUUUCUAUUUAUUUUUGCCUAUAAACAAGGUAGUUGGACAAAACGUUCAUCAAGUACAAAAAGUGAAUUUGCACAUUCAAUUACUGGCAUUAUUAUUAUCUCUUUUACAUUUUUACAACCAAUUAUCGCUUUAUUUCGUUGUCAUCCAGAAAGUCGCUAUCGUUUUAUAUACAAUGGUAUACAUGGAUUUAUUGGAUUUUCAAUAUUUAUUCUAUCAAUUGUUACCCUAUUUUUAGCUAUGCAUUUUGCUCAGUUUGUAUCUUUCAAAAAAUUUGGUCAGGGUAUAUUAAUUGGAUGGGCAAUUUGGGUUGGUUUAGCAUUUAUUUUAUUUGAAUUUAUUGAAUUCCUUUUUAUAACGAAAAAGAUCUCAGCGGCAGAAUUAGAGUCACGAGAAUCAGAAACCAUUCGUUUGAAAUUUGCCGCUAUGAAUAGUAGAACUUUACCAACAAUACCUGUUAGUAAUGAAAAACCAAAACGAACACAGUUGAAAGAUGGUUUAAAAAUUGUACUGCUGGUAGUACAUAUAUUAGUGGCAUUGAGUUUUACAUUAGCACUUGUUAUAAAAUUAAGAAAAAAGUACUGA